AUCCAGCAAGCUAGGGAAGGAAUAGCCGCCUCUUUUAUUACCCAAAACGACUGGCUUCCCUCUCCCAUAUGAAAACAAUAAAACAAUUAGCGGCCCAUCUGAUCUCACCCGCCCACCGCCUGUCUUUCCUUCCCUCCUCCCCAAGUUCUGAAAAAGUCGGUUCCGUUAGUUUCCCAUUAUAUCUGUAUAUAAACAACUCUCCCUCUUUUUUUAUCGUUCUCUCUUCUCCAAGCAAAGUAACCCCCCUUCUCCUUAAUCCCCUAUUUAACUUCAAAUUCUUUCAAUCUUUUCUGUUUCUUCUCUUCUCUAUUAUUUAUACCCCUUCCGAGAUGUAUCAUUAGUUUCUUCUUUCUUUUCUCUUUUUUUUUCCCCCAAUUUUUCUGGCUUCUUUGGACUCGUUUUCAAUAGAUUCUUCUCGUACAUAUUGUCUGUUUUCUUUUUCUUCUGGCUUUAUGUUAUAAGGCAUAGAUUUUUCAAAUUUUUAGUUCUUUUGAUUGUAAAUCGCUUUAGCUUUUGUUACGCGAUCUGUUUUUUUUUUUUUUUUCUUUCUCUAAAUUAUUGCUAUUAUGGCUUAUAACCAAAACCAAUACAACCAUUUUCCUUCUUUCCAAACACAAGGCUCCGACAGAACUCAGACGGUUACUUCAAAUUCAACUUCUUUAGAGGCAUCAAAUGAUCAAGAAUCUAUUAUUUCCGAUUGCGAAAGCUGCGUUUCUGGUCCCAGUUUUGAUCAAUCUUCUUUGUUUAACAAUGGGUUGAUUCGGUUAUUCCCAGGGGACAAAGCACAUGACCUUAUCAAGAAAAGGUUUCUUUCCAAUUUGGGUACUAUGGCGGCUCAUACUAAGGACUUGACAAUCCAAAAAAACGCUUUUCUAGGUGUUACUUGGCAAGCAAGGCUACAAUCUUUCGAGAUUUUCAUCAAAGCAAUGGAGAAAAAAUGUGGCGGUGACGCCAAUGUUAAGUAUGCUUGGUGUCCUGCCACUAGAGAUGAGAUUUCUAAGAUUGUUGAUCAUGGUUUUGGUCAUUGUGGAAUGCCUGAAAACAGUGGAUUGUAUGGUUGCGGCGUCUAUCUUUCCCCCGAUGAUUCUCCCAUGGACAGUGUGAAGAAUGCAAUGGUUGAUAAAAAUGGGGUGCGGUAUUUGAUGCUCUGCCGCGUAAUAUUGGGGAAGUCAGAGGUGGUGCAGCCUGGUUCCAAGCAAUGUCAUCCAAGUUCAGAUGAGUUUGAUUCUGGUGUGGACGAUUUGUCGUCACCAAAAAAGUAUAUUUUGUGGAGUACACAUGUGAAUACUCAUAUCUUGCCAGAGUUCAUUUUGAGUUUCACAGCUCCUCCUUCCGUUAAAGGGUUCCUUGGGAUGCAAGAUAGGUUGAAGAUGCCAACUUCACCUUGGAUAUCAUUUCCAGCUCUUAUAUCAGCACUUUCGGAGUUCUUACCUCGGACUUCUAUCAAUUUGAUCGCCAAGUAUUAUAGAGAUCACAAGGAUAAGAAAAUAUCAAGGCAUGAACUGAUACAAUUUGUAAGACAAAUAGCAGGAGACAAGUUGUUGAUGGCUGUCAUCAAAUCCUCCAGGACCAAGCGGCCUUUUUCAUUUAGCAGCAUUCAAGGAACAACCGAGCAUGGAUCCAGGAACACAGUACGAUAUCAUCAGAAGAGAAUUGGAUGAUUUGUCUCUAUGGAAAGAUAAUGUUGCAACCACUGAAUGGGAACGCUAGUGAGCCUAGUGUGGAAUUAUCUAUCUGUUUUCUUAAAACUAGAGGCGGAAUGUUUGCUAGUUUCUUCCUUUCAAAUCACACGAGUGGUCCUGUUUUUAGUAGUUGAUUAAGGAAGUUGUUAUUGUGGUUUUAAUCGACUUAAAAAGAGUUAUAAUGUCCAAACUUAGUUCAAAGAG